AUGUGGCUUAAGAUGGUUGAAAAUCUUGAAAAUCUAAACAUCGACGUUAACGAGCGAAACUGGAAAGACCUGGAGGACUUGGUUACUCCAUGGGGGGUGCCAAAACCAGAAAAAUACUGUUUUUCAAAUACAAAUAUUGUCGACGUUGUGAAGGGUAAUGUCGUGGAGAACUCGAAUGUUUUUGUUGAGGAAGGAAUAAUAUCUAAAAUUUCAAGUUCUUCAGAUAAGGAGGUUUCUACUGCCGGAUACAAGGUUAUUGAUGGGACCGGCAAAUUUUUGAUGCCAGGUCUAUUUGAUAAUCAUGUUCAUGUAACAUCGGUUCCAGGCGAAAAAGAUUUGGCGAGCACGCUCGAUACUGCAAAGACUGCGGCCUUGAUAAGGAUCCGUUACAAUUUAGAGGCAUCCCUGAAGCGCGGCUUUACCACCUUGAGAGACUGUGGUGGUGCAGAGGGAUACGUGAAAAAAGCCGUUGAAGAGGGAAGUAUUAAAGGACCUCGCUUAAUCACAUGUGGCCAUGCGAUCUCUCAAACUGGCGGUCAUGGAGAUAUGCGGCGGAACGAUAUACCUGGAGAAGCUCUUGAUGACUGUGAGUGUCAUAUUAACAAUUUGGGAGUUGUUGCAGAUGGUGUUCCAUCAUGCUAUAAGGCUGCUCGCGAAGAAUUUAGACGGGGCGCAGACUUCAUCAAAAUUAUGGCAGGCGGCGGUGUAGCUUCCCCUACUGACAAGAUUUCAAACCUGCAAUUUUGCAAAGACGAAAUUAAAGCUAUCGUUGACGUUGCAGAUACGUAUCAUAGCUAUGUCACGGCCCACGCAUAUACUCCUGAAGCCAUUAAGAAUUGUAUCAACCUAGGCGUGAAAGGUAUUGAACACGGCAAUCUCCUGGACAAAGAAACUGCCGUGCUUAUGGCAGAAAAAGGGUGUUACUUGACACCAACUCUAGUUACUUACAAGAUACUUGCUUCUGAUCAGUUCAGCACUUUUUUGAAGAAAGAAAACCAAUCCAAGAAUUUAAAUGUUUUGAAAAACGGUCUGCAAGCCUUGAAAAUUGCCAGUGACCACAAAGUGAAGAUUUGCUAUGGUUCAGAUUUGUUGGGCUCUCUGAACGGAUAUCAGACUCAAGAAUUUUUUAUAAGAAAUAAAAUUUUAUCACCGCAUGAAAUUUUGUUGUCUGCUACUGUGACGCCUUCGGAAAUGAAUGGUUUGGCAGACAAGCUUGGUCAAGUUGAGACUGGGUUUAUAGCGGACCUGCUUUUGAUGAAUGGUAACCCACUAGAAAACAUUUACAUCCUUGAUGAGCCCGAAACAAACUUGGUAACCGUCAUGAAGGAUGGUUGCAUUUAUCUUUGA